AUGCUGGGCUCACAGGCAGGCCUCACCGUGAAGAACUGGGACAAAAACAUCCUACCAACGUUCUUCGGCGGAGAGUGCAACCCCCUUGCCAAUACGAACGAUGAUCCGCAUUUCCGGGGCGCAGAUGGCACCCAAUACGACUUCAAUGGCCUUCUCGACCGCUCCUUCUGUUUGCUUUCCGACCGUCGGAUCCACAUCAACAUGGGAAUCAAGGGCUACCAGCCCAUCGCGAAUCUCCCCGGCACAGCGACAUCAUUGGACGAGGAGUCGCUCGCUGCAGCGCUGGAAGCGGCGGCCAAUGAGAAGAAACCACGUCAUAUCAGACAGCUGGAGCAGGAGCAGCUGAGCGUGGAGGAACUGAGCGACCUAGAGAGGAUGCGGGCCAAUGGGAGCCUGCCGUUGACUGCUGAGGUGGUGGCUGCUCUUGACCGGGAGAUGGGUCGUCGCAGCGGCGGAAAUGGAGGGGAAGAGGAGCAUCACUCGAUUCAGUAUGAGAAGGAUGAGCUGAAGAAGAGGCUUUUAAAAGCAAAACCGAUUCGCAGUUGGAUCAGGGAGCUCCAAGUGAUGUGGCGCGAUUCGACUGGCGCGCAGCACUCUGUAUUCAUCAAGGCGCGAGACGGCAAGGAGCAAGGGAGGGGCAGCAGCGGGUUCAUCGACCGACUGGAGCUCGACGGCUCGCCAGUGGCCCCGCCUCUGUCCGAAGGCUCUUCCAUCACUGGCAGCGGCGGGUUCAAGCUGCUUCUGGCGGAGACACGGAGCUGCAAGGGGAAGGACAAGGACGAGUUUCAUCUCACGAUCGAUGGACUGGUGGCCAUGGGCAUCAUGGCACGUUUGGCGCAUCCGCUCAUGCAGACGGCUACAGAGGCCCAGGCGCAUUUCAACGUCCACAUUGCCCGGCUGAACCACACAAAAGGUAAUCAUGGCGUGUGUGCCCAGCUGCAUGCUGCCAUGAUAACCAUCUUCUCUGGGGUUGGGUGUGGUAACGUCUCACACGAGUGGCAUUCACGUCCCAUGCACAUUGUCCCAUGCACUCACCUUCCUUUCACCCAACUCCCUCCUCUGUCCCCUCCUCUCGCCCCCUUUCUCCCUCCUCCCCUCUGCAGCACACGAGCGGCAUUCACGGCGUGCUGGGUCAGACCUUCCGAGCCGAGGACGACCGCUGCGUAG